AUGUCAACCCCCUUCAAAAACAUCCUCCUCAUCGGCGCCACCGGCUCCAUAGGCAGCUACGUCCUGACCGCCCUCCUUGCCGAGCCUUCCCUUACAAUCACCGUCCUCAAACGCGCCUCCUCCACCCACACCACUCCCCUCCCCUCACCCAUCCGCACCAUCACAGUCCCCGACACCUACCCCACCGACGCCGUGACCGCCGCCUUCCGCGGCCAAGACGCCGUCAUCUGCUGCUUGACCACACUCAAUGUCGCCGACCAGUUCCGCCUGAUCGAUGCCGCCAUCGCGGCGGGGGUACGCCGGUAUGUGCCGAGCGAGUAUGGAUUGAAUAAUAUGCGACCUGAUGCGCAGGCGCUGAAUGCGGUGUUUCGGGAGAAGGGGGCGGUGCAGGGGUAUUUGCGGGGGAAGGCGGCGGAGGGGGUGUUGGAGUGGAUGAGUGUGAGUUGUGGGAUGUGGAUUAAGUGGUCGUUGAGGAAUGAGUUUUUGGGGGUGCAUGUGAAAAGGGGGGAGAGGAGGGUUGUGUUGUGGGAUGGGGGGAAGGGGAGGUUUAGUGUGAAUACGGAGGAGAAUACGGCGAGGGCGGUGGUGAGGGGGUUGGUGGCGAUUCCGGAGGAGACGAAGAAUCGGAAUGUGUUGAUUGAGGAGUUUGCGGUGACGCAGAGGGAGUUGGUGGAGGAGAUUGAGAGGCAGAUGGGGGAGAAGUUGGUGGUGGUGGAAGAGGUGGAUAGUGUUGAGAGGAUUGCUACAUUGCAGGCGGCGGCUGAUGCCGGGGAUCAGAUGGCGACGAUUGGGCUGGUUGAGGCUGGGUUUAUCACGGGGCGGUUUGGCGGUGAUUUGUCGAAGGAAGGAGAGAUUUUGACGGAGAAAUUGGGGUUGGAGAGGCACUCGCUUCAACAAGUGGUUGCGGAUGCCUUGGCUAGCUUGAAGGAGUGA